AUGGGGGAAYAUCUCCGCGGGGUGCUGAGCCCCCUCCCCACGCAGCUGCACCCCGGCGUGGGCCCGGGCCAGGGCACGGUGGUGGAGCUGCUCCUGACCGCCCAGUUCGUCCUGUGCGUCUUCGCCAGCUUCGACGACCGUCACGACGGGCGCCCGGCCAUGGCMGCCGUGCCCGUCGGCUUCUCCCUCGCCCUCGGCCACAUCUUCGGGAUCCACUACACGGGUGCCAGCAUGAACCCCGCUCGCUCCUUCGCCCCCGCCGUCAUCACCCGCAGCUUCGCCAACCACUGGGUAAGAGAGGGGGCACGGGGACCCCCAAACCCGCCCCGGGUUCCCCCAGUCCCUCCCCGCUUGUUCCUGAACUGCCCCGGGCACCGCGUCCCCGUUGGGGGCGGGCGGCUGGCGGUGUCACCACGGUGA